AUGCCAUUCUGGGUUGGUGAGAAUGGACAUGGAUAUCAGUUGUUGAGUCACAAAGUUUCUCAACUAAAUCUUCUUGCUACCAUAUCAGAAUGCGCUGAGAUGUAUCAGAGAUCAUGUGAAGGUGAUGAGAAAGUGAAAGCCCCUGGAAUAUGGCAUCUGUCACCUAUAUCCCAUGCCCUCUUCACCGGCCCGUCGCCCGCUUUAUGA